ACCCAAGGUUAGAGAUUUUGUUCCUAAGAUGAGUUCUCAGAAAUUAAUGUCGAGCGAAGGAGAGGAGAUACGAAGGUUCACUAGUUUCCAUGGCGAUGGAGCAACUAGCAUAGAGGUAGGCAACGGGGCCGCUGAUGGACAUGGUAGCGUGGAGGUGCUGGGCGAGCCAGCUAAUCAUGCAAGAGAGGCGCUAAAGCUGGUUGUCGCUGGUGUGGAGGCGUUGGGCAAACCAAUUGUGCGCGCAGGGAAAGCGGAGUUGAGCACUACUGGUAUGGAGGCGCUGGGAGAUCUGACUGUGUGGGUAGGAGAGGUAGAGUUGGGCGUCGCUGGGCGCCCAUGCAGGCGAGGUGAGGGAUGA